AUGCCGAAAGUCAGACACGCGCGAACUAAAAAACCACCGGAAGGUUUCGAUGACAUUGAGCCAACUUUAAUAGAAUUUGCACAGAAAAUGAAAGAUGCUGAAAAUGAACCACAUGAAGGAAGACGUCGUGUUGAAUCUUUAUGGCCAAUCUUUCGUCUUCACCAUCAACGCUCGCGAUAUAUCUAUGAUUUGUAUUAUAAACGUGAAGCAAUCACCAAAGACGUGUAUGAAUAUUGUUUGAAGCAUGGAUAUGCGGACGGGAAUCUUAUUGCAAAGUGGAAAAAACCUGGAUUUGAACGACUUUGCUGCCUUCGGUGCAUUCAACCAAAAGAUACAAAUUUCGGAACGACGUGUAUAUGUCGUGUUCCGAAAUCGAAACUUGAAGAGGGACGUGUAGUAGAACCAUCAACGUCAACAUCAGCAACGGCGGCAUUUCUUGGAGAAGAAACGACAAAUCAGACUACCACCAGCAGCAGUAGUAAUAAUAAUUCUCGCCAUGUCGAAAAUCAGCAGAGUGAAGAUGAAUCAAAUGACGAAGAUUAA